GUGACCUUUGAAGGUGAAGGCUGUGUCGAAAUUUAGCAAACUGUUAUUAUUUUCAAUAUUUUACGGCACUGGUAAGCACUCUUCAACUGCAAAAUGCCUGUCAUAGAAAAAAUGUUGAAUGGUAUUUUGCGCUAUAAUAAAGCAAGCAAGGCAAAUUCAUUAAAGAAAUUAAUAGAGAUAAACAAAAAUAUUCAGCCGAAAGCUGUUAUAUUUUCCUGUAUGGAUGCUAGAGUUCGUCCAAAUAGGUUUCUAGAUGAUGAUCUUGGUGAUCAUUUUAUUGUUCGUAAUGUGGGAAAUAUGGUACCCGAUGCCAGCACUCUGAAUCAAAAUACUGUGUCUACCGAAGCAGGAGCACUUGAGUUUGGUUGUAUUCAAAAAAAUGUUAAAGAUAUUGUUGUAUGUGGUCAUUCUGAUUGUAAGACUGUCAAUAUGUUAUAUGAUACUUGUAUACAACAGAAGGAGGAUGAACCUUCAAAAUCCUAUCUAGAAAUGUGGUUAAAACUUCAUGGAAGAGAUACUAUUGAUAUAUUUAAACAAUUGAAACCAUCAAACAACUAUGCCGGACCAUUAUUGUUUGAAAUAGAGAAUUAUAAAAGUUUUGAAGCCUAUAUUGAUCCAGAAAAUAAAUUCAGCAUUACUGAUAAAUUUUCUCAGGUUAACUGUUUACAACAGUUACAUCAUAUAUCAACGUAUCCUUUUCUAAAAUUAAAACUAAUGACGGGUCAACUCUUCCUGCAUGCUUUCUGGUUUGAUGUUCAUUCAGCUGAUGUUUAUAUGUUUAGUCGAGCAAGGAAACAAUUUAUACCAGUUAAUCAAGAUAAUUUUGAACAUUUAUUAAUUGAUUCUCAUGAGCAAAUCCCAAAAUAGGUUAUACUUUCUAUAUAAUGAUAUGCUUAUUCUGUACUAGUUAUAGCCAUUCUUUCCAUGAGGAAAGCCAUUCUUGUACCCAUUGCUACUAGAUUUGGGAUAUUUUAUCCAGUCUGACUAGACGUUUUGCACAUGAACAGUAAACUUCAUAUUAGCGGUACUUGUGACUCCUCAGAUUUCCAAUAUCUGUGUGGUCAGUUUCUAAAAAUUAAUAACCAAUAAUAUUAAUAAAGACUUAUUAAAAACUGCCCAGAAAAAUGAAAGUAGAAAAGAUGGUAAACCAUGGUUAAUUAUGCAAACUAAAUUUCUGUUUCACUGGAUGUGUCUAAAGGUUUUUAUCAUGCCAUGAUGCCAGAAAUUGAAAAUGUAAUGAAGCAGAGUGGUAGAAGAAUGGGGAAAGCAGUGAUUAUCAACUUUGUAACAGAUAAUUAUCAUUUGUAAAUAGCCUUUAGGUAUGGAUGAAAUAUUGCAAAAGCACUACUCAAUUAGUCAUUGAAACCUGCAUUUAAUUCAUGUUCAGAUGUGAUGUGAAAAGGGUAUAUAAUGAAUCAAUGAUGCAUAAUGAUUUUCAUAAUUAUUGUGAAUGUAAAUUACAGAGCAUAUGUGUAUUGAAAAUCACCAAUUUGAUAACACAAUUUAAAGGAUUAGACUUCAUUGAUUUAGGUAAAUACAAUCACAAUGUCGAUUUAAUUGUGUAUUGAUUUUUUUGUGAAGAGGGUAACCUAAAUCAAAGUGGUUUAGCUCCUUUAUUUAUGCAUAUAUUUUAAAUCCAUGUUAUAUACUGGUAUAGGUCUACAUAUUAUAUUAUGUGAUAUUUUGUUUUCUUGUUGAUGUAUGAAUUCCUGAUUUAUUCUCAUAGUAUAUAAAACUCUUUAAUAAUUUUUAUGACUUUUUUUUAUAAGCACAAAUUUAAUGUUGAUUUAUGUUGUCGUCAGUGCGUCCAUCCACAAUUUGUUGUGAACAAUCGUCAAGUCAGAUAUAUUUUCAAUUAGUGAGAAUUGUUCAUUAGGCCAUGAGGAAAAUUGCUAUUAAAGUUAGGAUUCUUAGAUGGAUGAGUUAUCUUUCUGUUAACGUUCAAUUGAGCAUUUUAAUUCAAAUAGAUGAAACUUUGUGAAUUCAUAUAGGGCAAAAAUUGUUCUCUGGGGGCAGGGAGGAGGGUGCUAGGAUCUUUGAAAUCUUGCGAAUCAGGAAGUUAAAGCAGGCAUGGUUAAUUUUGCUGAUGGUGGGUGUAUUAAGGGGUCUUGAUAAGCCUCUGCCUAUGUUUGUAUUUACUGCUGAUAUAAACAUAUUUACUUGCCAUAAAACCAGCUGCAAUACUUAUAGCUUUACUAUAUUAUGUUAUAUAUUAUCUAUUAUAAUAUUCUUGAAAUGAUGUAAAGUUGAAUAUUUUUGUAAAUGUUUUGUUUAGUUGUUUGAAAAUAUAUUGAUUUUUACAAUCUAGAAUUUAAAACAGACAAAUAAUGGAAUAAUAAAUUAUUUAUGUGUAAUAUUUAAUGAUACAUCAAUUUUAAUGAAAUCUAAGCGAGAAAACUAAAUUGCGUAUUGCAAGAAUUUUAUACCAUACAAUGUCCAUUUUCACAAUGUCAAGAAGUUGUUGUCCAGUAUCUCAUUCAUAGCCUUGAUCAAAAAAUGUCUCUCACUGUCUUUGGUGGACAACUAUAGUUAAGACAUCUGUUCGCUGUUAUUUAAAUUAUUUAGUAAAAAUUUUGUACCAGAGCUUCAUAUGUUUAAUAGAAACUUCAGUUUGGUUUGAUCUCACAUGAUUUGGAAAUUGCCCAAUUCAUUUAAAAUCAUCAAUGAGAACUAGACUGUGAUUGUCUCAAAUCAGAUGAGUCAACAAUUUAUACUGAUAAUAAUUAGUAUGGCUGGGUAUAUUACAUUUUGUAGCAUAACCUAUAGAAAGAAAAAGCAGUACUUGCCUUGGGAGGAUUGACAAUGUCUAGAAACUUUCAGAUACCUUAGAACUUCUUAAAUUAAAAAAAUGUUAAGAGGUUUAAAUCCUGAGGAAUAUGGAUAAGAAUAUCAAAGUUUUUUAUGGAAAUUUGCAAGUUGUUCCAUUCAGAUAUCUAGAUUGGACACCACAAAAAAAAAAAAAUCAUAUUUAACAAAUAUAUAUAUAUAUAUAUAUAUAUAUAUACACUAACUAAAUAAAAUUUUGAUCUUUAUAAAACCAGAGAAGUUUUCUCUUGUAGACAGUAUUAAUAAUGUAACAUUUUAAAUGAGCCGUCCCACAUAUAGUUUAAUGAAUAAAACUGGUGGUAAAUGCACUUAACCUUAUCACAAUCCUGUUCAAAUAUUGGAAGCUCUCUGAUACUUGACAAAUACUAAUGGUCAGUUCUGAGGCCUGGUUGUUGACCUAUGUUUACCACUGUUAUUUCUCACUAGAGUGUGCCAUCAUGAAUAUAUAACUGUACUUGCAUAAAGUUUUCAGUGUUCUGAUUGUCUUCAAUUUGAGUACUUAUUGCCCCUGAUGUUUGAUAUUUUAGUAAUAUAUAGGCUUGAGUUCAUGGCCGUUUUCAACCCAAGUUUGAUUAUUAUUUACAGUACAGUCCCCUAACUAUAAAAACUCAAAAUGUACCCAGUACUAAAAAUCACAAAAUGAGUCUAAUAAUUACAAUGGGGACAAAGUUGGUGGUUGGUGUAUGUUACAUUGCCGGGCAGACUAUCUUUAUUGUUUCUAAAAGCUGAUACUACAGAUGUACAGGUAAUUUGUGUUUGGUAUAUCUUAGUAUUUAUAGUUAUACUCUUGUUAAAGCUUGUAUCUAAAAUAAACUAUGUAAUGCACAAAUUAUAAAAAUAUAAUAUACUGAUACACUGUAUAUAUAUAUACAUGUACAGUAGAAUAUGUAAUGCACAAAUAUAAAUAUAUUGAAAUAUA